CUGCAUGGUGUCCAUAAGUCCCUCAUACUCCAUAUAUACAUUUGCACUACUACCACCACUUAAACUUUCAUUUGUGUUGAACUAGCUUCAUCAUGAGCAAGCCUGUGAAGAUUGGUCUAUGGGGUGGAGUCGGAGGCCAGCCUCGUGACGUCAGACACGCUCCCCACCGACUAGCCCGGGUGGAAAUUUCUGGUGUGGACGCAAUCCACUCCAUCAAGUUUACAUAUGAGGAUCAUGCCGGGGAUCAGCAUGUAGAGGGUGCAUGGGGAGCUCCUAGUGGGAACAAGCACACGUUGGACCUUGAAGACAUGGAAUAUGUGACUGAAAUUUCAGGAACCUAUGGUAGAUGGGGUAGUGUGUCGUCAAUAGUGACGUCUCUCAAAUUUGUUACAAACAAUGGACAGACUAUAGAAUGUGGUAUUGCUGGUUCCGGGGGUUCCUUUCAUGUCCCAGUGACUCAUGGCGGCCAGAUCACCGGUUUCUUUGGACGUGUUGGGGAUCUAAUUGAUGCCAUUGGAAUCUAUGUUCUUCCAAGCAAGCCUGUGAAGAUUGGUCUAUGGGGUGGAGUCGGAGGCCAGCCUCGUGACGUCAGACACGCUCCCCACCGACUAGCCCGGGUGGAAAUUUCUGGUGCAGACGCAAUCCACUCCAUCAAGUUUACAUAUGAGGAUCAUGCCGGGGAUCAGCAUGUAGAGGGUGUAUGGGGAGCUCCUAGUGGGAACAAGCACACGUUGGACCUUGAAGACACGGAAUAUGUGACUGAAAUUUCAGGAACCUAUGGUAGGUGGGGUAGUGUGUCGUCAAUAGUGACGUCUCUCAAAUUUGUUACAAACAAUGGACAGACUAUAGAAUGUGGUAGUGCUGGUUCCGGGGGUUCCUUUCAUGUCCCAGUGACUCAUGGCGGCCAGAUCACCGGUUUCUUUGGACGUGUUGGGGAUCUCAUUGAUGCCAUUGGUAUCUAUGUUCUUCCAUGAUCCAUCAUAAUCCAUCGAGUUACUUCCGCUAUAAGUAGUAGCCUGUGAGGCCUACGUGCUACUACUAUUAUUGUGUGUUGUUGAAAUAAAUCAGGGACACCUUUGUUAGCUGGCAGAAUUAUUAUAUAUGCCUGCCAUGCCA